AUGAAAUACGGUAAGCAUCAAAUGAUGCUAAUUAGAAAACGUAUGAAUGUAGAAAAUUGGAUUAAUGAUCAAUUAAAUGAGCUGUAUAACGAUUCGACGGAUGAAAUUGAUAUCGAUGUUGAUGCAGUUCUUGAUCUCAGUACAGAAUCUGAAAAACGGCGUUACAUAUUGAGCCUAUUCCGAAAGACGCGUUGCCCUGCAUCAGAAACACAAAUCCAUGAUUUUUUGGAUCAGCUGAUACAAAAAUUGGAUACUUUAUGA